CGGCGAGCGGCGCGGCGGAUGGAGAGUCUGGCCGCGGCCGGCGGCGCCGCCUCCUCGUCGGGCCGGGCACGGCGGGCCGGGGCCUUUGUGUGAGGCGGCGGCGGCGAUGGUGCUCGGGCCCCGCGGAGCCGGGUUAACUGUGCUGGUAAGGAGGCAACCUUAUAGGAGCUGCUAAGAUGGGCAUGAGGAUCAAACUGCAAAGCACCAACCACCCCAACAACCUGCUGAAGGAGCUCAACAAGUGCCGGCUCUCAGAGACCAUGUGCGAUGUCACCAUUGUGGUGGGAAGCCGCUCCUUCCCGGCCCACAAAGCUGUGCUGGCCUGCGCGGCUGGCUACUUCCAGAACCUCUUCCUGAAUACUGGGCUUGAUGCUGCCAGGACCUAUGUCGUGGACUUCAUUACCCCCGCCAACUUUGAGAAGAUUCUGAGCUUUGUCUACACAUCAGAGCUCUUCACGGACCUGAUCAAUGUUGGGGUCAUCUACGAGGUAGCUGAGCGUCUGGGUAUGGAGGACCUCCUCCGGGCCUGUCACUCCACUUUUCCUGACCUGGAGAGCACCGCUGUGGCCAAGCCCCUGACUGGCACCAGUGAGAGCCACGCUGGUACCCUGAGUUGUAGCGCAGCAGAACCCCCUCAGCCCCUUGGGGAACUCCGGGGCACUGGGGAGCACUUGGGUCCUGAUAGAAACUAUGUGUUACCUAGUGAUGCUGGAGGGAGCUAUAAAGAGGAAGAGAGAAAUCUUACCAGUGACACUAAUCAUAGUCUGCCUCUGCCACAGCAGCCACUGCCACCAAAGACAGAAGACCAUGAUGCCCCUGCUUCUUUCCCGUCUAUUCCUAGUGUGGUGACGCAGCCAAUCCUAGGCACUGUCAGCAUGGGCAUCCAGACCAGCGCGAGCUCCUGCCAGCCGUACAAAGUUCAGAGCAAUGGAGACUUCAGUAAAAACAGUUUCUUCACCCCUGACAAUGCAAUAGACAUUACCACUGGGACCAACUCUUGUCUGAGCAAUAGCGACCACUCCAGAGAUCCAGGCUUUGGGCAGAUGGAUGAGCUCCAGCUGGAGGACCUUGGGGAUGAUGACUUGCAGUUUGAAGACCCUACCGAGGAGAUAGGCACAGCUGAGGAGGUGAUUGAGCUGAGCGACGACAGUGAGGACGAGCUAACUUUUGGAGAGAAUGACAACCGAGAGAAUAAAGCCAUGCCCUGCCAGGUGUGCAAGAAAGUUCUAGAGCCUAACAUUCAACUGAUCCGACAGCAUGCUCGGGACCAUGUGGACCUGCUGACAGGCAACUGCAAGGUCUGUGAGACCCACUUCCAGGAUCGAAACUCCCGGGUGACCCAUGUUCUGUCCCACAUUGGUAUUUUCCUCUUCUCCUGCGACAUGUGUGAAACUAAGUUCUUUACCCAGUGGCAGCUCACCUUCCACCGGCGGGAUGGAAUAUUUGAGAACAACAUCAUUGUCCACCCCAAUGAUCCCCUGCCUGGGAAGUUGGGUCUCUUUUCAGGGACAGCCUCUGUAGAGUUGAAAUGUGCUGCCUGUGGGAAGGCAUUGGCCAAAGAUUUCCACGUAGUUCGGGGCCACAUCCUUGACCAUCUAAACUUGAAGGGCCAGGCCUGCAGCGUCUGUGACCAGCGCCACCUCAACCUCUGCAGCCUCAUGUGGCACACGCUCUCCCAUCUCGGCAUUUCGGUCUUCUCCUGCUCUGUCUGUGCGAAUAGCUUUGUGGACUGGCAUCUCCUGGAGAAGCACAUGGCUGUGCACCAAAGCCUGGAAGAUGCCCUCUUCCGCUGCCACUUGUGCAGCCAGAGCUUCAAGUCAGAGGCUGCCUAUCGCUACCACGUCAGUCAGCACAAAUGCAACAGUGGUCUUGACGCGCGACCUGGUUUUGGGCUACAGCACCCAGCUCUCCAGAAACGGAAGCUGCCAGCAGAGGAGUACCUGGGUGAGGAGCUGGCUCUGCAGGGCCAACCUGGGAACAGCAAGUAUAACUGCAAGGUCUGUGGCAAAAGGUUUGCCCACACAAGUGAGUUCAACUACCACCGACGGAUCCACACGGGCGAGAAGCCCUACCAGUGUAAGGUGUGCCACAAAUUCUUCCGAGGCCGCUCGACUAUCAAGUGCCACCUCAAGACACACUCGGGGGCCCUCAUGUACCGUUGCACAGUCUGUGGCCACUACAGCUCCACCCUGAACCUCAUGAGCAAGCACGUUGGUGUGCACAAAGGCAGCCUGCCGCCCGACUUCACCAUCGAGCAGACCUUCAUGUACAUUAUUCAUUCCAAAGAGGCGGACAAGAACCCGGACAGCUGACUGGGUCCCAGCAGAGCCGGGGGAGCUCCCAGGCGGCAGCCAGGACAUUGGCUUUCUAGUGGCCGUCGGUCCCUCCCCAGCUGAAGUUCCAAUUUUGCCUUGCUACGACUUCUGUUCUGUUUUGUGUUAAAAGAAGAAAAAAGAAGAAAUAGCACAUGAGCUGUUACUGUUCUUGAGAAGCAACGGCCCUAUCAUGUUUACCUCCUUACCUGUUCUUGCCCAUGAAGGGCUGUGUUUUUGAUUCUUUUGGGGCUGGUUUGGGGAUCUCGUCAGGCAGUUGGUGUUGACUAGAUCCCUUUCCCCAGCCUCUCAAGUUUUAGUUUACUGAUAGGUUUAUGCUGCUAAGAACCCAACCAGUAGCCUCACUAAAUAGAGGAGGUGGAGAGAGGUUUUCACUGUGGCUAUUACCAUCAGACCUCCCGCUGGGACACCUGCUCUGAGAGAGAUCUGGGGAAUGUGGUCAUCUGGAAAAGACGAGUCAGCAGGGCAGCUUGCUUCGGGUUCCAGGCCCAGCCCUCAGCCCUCAGCAGGGAAGGGGCCUCGGAGAUGGAGGUGCCUGCUGGUUUCACGGCUCUAAUCUGCUGAGUGGACAGUAAAAUCUUUUGGCAGCUAGAUCCAAACUGGGGACAAAGCUUUCUGUUUAGGUCAGAAAGCUUUGGGAUGAAUCCUUGCUAGCUGGGAGAGGUGUCCUGCAGGGCCGCCAGGAGUGGCAGCCUGGAUGGACGGGAACAGAGGCUUCUCUUUUCUCCUCAAUUCCAAAGAAACACGAUUGCAUGGAGUGAUGGCCCAGGACGUCAGCUCUUCCCUGUGGGGCAAAGAGGACAGGGAGCCACUGUGAUAUAGUUGUUUGUCAUCUGGCCACCUCCAUCGACCUUGAGUUCCCUGGUGGAGAGGUGGGGAUGUCUCUGACAGCAGCAGUCUUGCCUUAAUUUACAUCCAGUCUCCCACCUUAGAAGUCUAGUCUAGAUGAGAAAAGCCCAUGAGGUGGUGGAGUGGUGGACUGUGAGCCCUUCAGGAUUAAAGGGACCCCUCGAGUAACUGGUGGUGUGUAGCCAGAUGUGCGUUCUGUCUGUCCCAGGCAGAUGACCUGUUGUUUACUUUGUGUUAACUGGGCGGGAGCUUUGGCAGCUCACCUUUGAUCUGCUGGAAUUUACCCUGAUCUGUCAUUGCAUGGCCACCAGGGGGCGCCGUUGGAUGGCUGCUGGUUUGGGCGCUCCCCAGGUGGCCAGGGGAUGAGUCUGCCCAGUCCAGGGGGCUGGUUGGCUCCAUUCUUGGUUGGCUUUUGAGGAGGUCUUGCCCAAAGAAGGUUUGAGGGAGAAGGCCCUCGGCUCCCGCAUGCUCACAAGGUGGCACCGCAGUCACUCAUACUACCUCACCCUGCUCCGGCGAGCUCUGGGAGUCCCGGCCUCCGCCCUGACGCUGCCCCUGGUGGGACUCGGCAGCACCCCGGGCUGUUUCACAAGCAAGUGGUUUUAAUGAACUCACAGAGCCUCUUUGGACGUUAUAUUUAUUUAUUUUUGUUGUUGUAUGCAUAUUACUCAGCAUCUCGUUUGGAUAAGAGACUUUAGGAAAAUGAGUUUCUCCCCAGCAAGUAGCCAUAUUCCGGUGGAUAUGGCGGGCCAGAGAUGAGGGAAACGGGGUAGAACUAGGGGAGACCGUGUCAAGCCUCGAAACAAGCA